CCGCGUUUAACAGACCAAUUGCUGAGUUCUCGUCUUGUCAACAUUCGUUGUUGAUUUAUCGGUUCUUAAAAGCAAAAGAGCCAAACACGUUCGGUUGCGCUACGUUCGAACCAGCUUGUUCUGCCGAACGCAGCAAGAGAGAGAGAUUACUGACUUUUAUCCGUUUCGGGAUGAUAACCUAAAACAUGGAUUUCUGACUAUUUACGAACUUUGUUUGUCGAAUUUUUACCACAAGUGAGACAGGAAUGUGAGGGAUAAGUUCAAGAUUAAGGUGGUCGGUACCUAACGGGAAGAACGAACUCGUACUGUCAACUGUCGCAUGAUGGGAAGCUACAACAAGAAAGUUGCCUAUUUCUACAAUCCGGAGGUGGGCAAUUUCCAUUACGGACCCGGCCAUCCUAUGAAGCCCCAUCGGCUGUCCGUCAUACACAGUUUGGUACUGAACUACGGUCUUCACAAGAAGAUGCAAAUUUACCGUCCGUAUCGCGCCAGCACUCACGACAUGUGUCGUUUCCACUCCGAGGAUUAUGUCGAGUUCCUGCAACGCGUCACGCCGCAGAAUUUGCAGGGCUACACCAAGUACCUGACUCAUUUCAAUGUGGGAGACGACUGUCCCGUCUUCGACGGUCUUUUUGAUUUCUGCUCCAUGUAUACAGGCGCCUCGCUCGAUGGCGCGACCAAACUCAACAACAAUUGCUGCGACAUCGCGGUCAACUGGAGUGGCGGUUUGCAUCACGCUAAGAAGUUCGAGGCAUCCGGUUUUUGUUACAUCAACGACAUCGUCAUAGCUAUAUUGGAAUUGCUCAAAUACCGCGCCAGAGUACUGUACAUUGACAUAGAUGUGCAUCACGGGGACGGCGUGCAGGAGGCCUUCUAUCUCACCGAUCGCGUCAUGACCGUGUCCUUUCACAAGUAUGGCAAUUACUUUUUCCCUGGUACAGGUGAUAUGUAUGAGAUCGGUGCCGAGAGCGGACGAUAUUACUCCGUCAACGUGCCCUUGAAGGAAGGAAUCGACGACGCGUCCUACAUACAAAUCUUCAAACCCGUAAUAUCUCAUGUCAUGGAAUUCUUUCAACCGACAGCUAUCGUCCUUCAAUGCGGCGCUGAUUCUCUCGCCAACGACCGACUCGGUUGUUUCAGUCUGAGCACCAAGGGACACGGCGAAUGCGUCAAAUUCGUCAGGGAUCUCAACGUGCCCUUGCUCACCGUCGGUGGUGGCGGUUAUACGUUACGUAAUGUUGCUAGAUGUUGGACUUACGAGACGUCCCUUCUCGUCGACGAACAGAUCAGCAACGAGUUGCCCUACACGGAAUACUUGGAAUAUUUCGCGCCUGAUUUCUCACUUCAUCCGGAGGUCGUCACAAGACAGGACAACGCUAACAGUAAGCAAUAUCUUGAGGCGAUUACAAGACACGUGUGCGACAAUCUCAAGAUGAUUCAACACUCGCCGAGCGUUCAGAUGCAAGACGUUCCGUGUGACGCGUUGCCACCCGAGGAGGAGAGACAACCGGAACCGGAUCCGGACUCGCGUCAAAAUCCGCAAGACACCGACAAGAUUGUUGAGCCAGCGAACGAGUAUUAUUCCGGCGACAAGGAUCAGGACAAGAUGGACGUGAACGAAUCGUGAUGAAGAAGGAUCUUUUAAAAAUUUAUACACACAACACCUCCUCCCUUUUGUCUGUUACACUUUUAACGUGCGCGGUGUGUGCGAAUCACGUUACGAGAGUUACGGAAUAAGAAGCGUGUGCUCGAAUGAACUGUAAAAAAAAAAAGUAGAGAUUAUGUUUACUAUGACAGAAAAAAAAAAAAAA